CACGUCCUGGUUUUAUUUGCAGCACACAGAGCUGCAUGCAUGGCUUCCUCCUACAGAACUGAUACUCGACACUAACUCAACUUUAUCAGCAACUUUUGAGUUCUUUGCUUUCACCAGACAUUGACUGUGGAAGAAAUUAGAGCACAUAAGCUGUUUUUUAAAGAGGUUUAAGUGUAAAGAACAAGCGGUUUUGGAACUUUUACCUUCAAUUUCCUUUUUUUCCAGCAUUUUUCUUUGUUUGCAGAAACAGAUGCUUCUUCCUGUUCACAACUGGGACCAUCACAGCGAACCCUGACUGCAUUCAGAGAACCAGACUACUUCGUCCAGUUUAAGCUUUUCAAGUAAAGAUCUCCUCCUCGCCAUGUCCUGUGAGUCAGACCCUUACAUCUUUACCACCGACACCCUACCCACUGACCUCCGCUUCCUCCCUCCACUGGCCAAUGGGCUUCUGGGAUGGAAGGUGUACAACAAUAUCAUGCACAUGGGUGGCGUGUACAACGGGGAGGGUGGACGUUGUCACCGAGCAGAUGUCCCCUGUCCUCUAGCUGUGAAGGUGGAGUCAGAGGAAGCGGCCCAGCACUCCUACAGCCUAGACACCCACACAGGCAUUUUUACCCACACUCUGACCUCAGCAAGUGUGACCGUCUCCCAGUCUUUGUAUUCGCACCGGUACUACUCCAACCUGAUGGUGAUGGAGGUUCUGUUGGUGCGUCAGGUGACUUCGGAGGAGCCAAUCACCGUUAAGCUGGUCAGUUCAUUCACACCUCAGAGCAAAGACAUCGUAUUCGAGUCUGGUCCCGAUUACAAAGGAGGAAGGCACAUCCAAGGAAAGACGAACAGUGCUGAGUUCCCUGGAGGUUCCUGUCCCACAGUGCACCUUAUCUGGACCCCCGUGCCCUCCACUCUGACUCUGCUCCCAGAACAGAGCCAGUCUCGCUGGGGCUUUGUCCUGGUCGUGGCCAACAGUUUAGACACUGCUGAGGCUGGUUUUGAUGAGGGCCUGGAUCUGAUGGCGACCGGUAACCUGCGUCCGUCUCACGAGAAGGCCUGGAAAGAACUGUGGCUGCAGAGCAAGGUGGAGGCGACGGGCUCAGAGAGCCUCGGCAAGGCUCUGAUUGGCUGCAUGUUCUACCUCCUCAGCGCCUUCCCCUCCAUACAUGACACCUCCAGCUCCUUUGGCGGGGUCAGUCCAGGCGGGCUGUCUAAUGGUGGGGAUGGUCAAGACUACUGGGGCCACGUUUUCUGGGAUCAGGACAUUUGGAUGUAUCCGGGUAUCGCCCUUUUCUAUCCCAAGCUCGCCCGAUCUGUGCUGCAGUACAGGGUCGGGACUAUAGAUGGCGCAAAAGACAACGCACAAAAGCAGGGAUACAAGGGAAUAAAGUUCCCGUGGGAGAGCGCUGUGUCGGGGAGGGAGGUGUGUCCAGAAGACAUUUAUGGACAACAAGAGAUUCACAUAAACGGAGACGUCACUCUGGCCUUCCAGCACUACCUCUACCUCACUGAGGACCUGUCCAUGUUCACACAGGGCCAGGGCAGUGAGGUGAUAUACGGUGUGGCUGAUUACUGGGUUUCUAGAGUUACCUGGAACCCAGACGACCACAUGUAUCAUCUCACGGGUGUCAUGCCGCCCGAUGAGUAUUAUUACAAUGUCAACAACUCUGUGUACACAAACACGGUGGCCAAAUUCAGUCUCCAGUUCGCCGUAGAAUUGGCUGCCCUCCUCCAACAUCCUGCACCGAAGGAAUGGCAAGAAGUUGCCAAACACCUAAAAAUACCUUUCGACCAAGAAACCCAGUACCACCCUGAGUUUGAUGGCUACAUUAAGGGUCAUCCAGUGAAGCAGGCAGACACAGUGAUGUUGGGAUAUCCUCUUGGACUGCCGAUGACCCCAGAGGUCAGGAGAAAUGACCUUGAAGCCUAUGAGCCAGUAACAGACCCUCAGGGUCCAGCCAUGACAUGGGGUAUGUUUGCGAUCGGCUGGCUGGAACUGGGGGAGGCUGAGAAAGCUCACAAAUUACUUGAGAAGUGCUUCAAGAACAUCCAGGGGCCGUUCCAGGUAUGGAGUGAAUCAUCAGACGGCUCCGGUGCAGUCAACUUUCUCACGGGUAUGGGAGGAUUCCUGCAAGCUGUGCUCUUCGGUUACACUGGCUUCAGAGUUCAGAAGGAAUGCCUGGCCUUUUCCCCACUACUCCCCAAUGAUAUUUCUGAGCUCUGCAUCCGUGGCGUGAACUACCUGGGCAGUCAGAUGGACUGGCUGCUGAGGAAAGAGGAAGUUUGUAUCAUACUGAGGGAACAGGCUGGCAACGCUAAGUCCUACGAUCUACAGGUUGUCCUGAAGGCAUCAGGGACGAAACUCCCUCUCACGCCAGGGCAGCCAGUGACUUUUCCUCGAGAGCCUGGGUACAUUUGUAAACUGGCUGAGACACCUUCCUGUUGGCCUUUCUGAAACAGCACCCAUGACCAUCCUGAUCAUUUCAUUUACCCAGAAUUAAAAAUAUGUUAAGCAUUUGUUUUAUAUCUAAGGUACUAUUAAGUUGUAUGUUGCCAUUCACUCGAGCACUCAUUGACAGUGGGAGCACAAACAAGAAUAAAAGGAAUUUGUUUUGAUAUAAUUAAAGCUGCAGUGGGUAACCUUUAUACAAAUUACUUUGACAUAUUUGCUGAAAGUUUCACUAUAUCCUGACAGUGCAAAUACCAUCAAGAGCACUAGGAGGAGCCAGAGGAACCUGAUCUGUUCACAGAUUAUCUGUCUCAUGUUCUACUGUCAGGAUAUAGUGAAAGUUUCAGCAAAUAUGACAAAAAGUAUUUUUUAUAAGUUACCUACUGCAACUUUAAAAGAAAAUGAGGGUGUGCUCCUUUUUUCAUUUUACAGAACGUCUAAAGUGCUCAUGUAUGUGAAAACACAUGAAAACAAUUUAGUUAUUUCAUAAUUCAGUGGCCUACAAACAUUUCUUGUAGGGCUGCACAAAAUGGCAAAAAUAUCAUAUUGCAAUUACUUUGAGAGAUUUUGUGAUAUGAUUCACGAUUUCUGCGGUAAUGAUUUGUUUUUGCAUCACAAAUUAAAUUUUUCACUUAAAAAAAAAAUCAGUAAAAUCAUGAUAUUGUUAUAUUUUUUGAGUCAGUACGAAACAUGUUAACAAGCAAGAACAAGAUUUGUUGGCCAGAUCUUCUCUAUUUCAUUAUAACGCUAUUUUGUUACAUUUUACCUGCAUCAUAUUGCACUUGGCCAUAUGGCAAUUUCACUAAUUUUUGGAUUAUCUGUGCAGCUCUAAUUUCUUGCAGUUUAUUUGAGCAAUCUGGUGUUAUAAUAUACCAUGUUAUGAAACCAUUAACCAAUUAUAUUGUCAUGCAAACGAAAUAUAUUCAAAUAAAACUUCUUACAUUCUCCA